AUGAACAUAAAAUCAGCCAAAGAUACACACAUAACCAAAUUUAACAUAAAGGACAAAGUGAUCUACGCAAAAAUUAUAUGGAAAAGAAAUGAAAACAGUUUGUUUGAAAUUAAAGUUUUCCAUGAUAAUAACAGCUGGUCCGGGUGCUUUAGUACCGAAUUAGCUGAACAAUGUAGAAAAGACGUAGAUGAAAGUGAAGAAGACUAUUAUAAAAAUGUGCGAACAUACCUAACAAACAUUUCCGAUGUGAAUGUUUACGAAUUUAGCAAUGCAUUGAACGGUUCGGACGUCGCCACAUUUAAGUGGAGAAAAAAAUUCGAAGGAGAGACAGCAGUACUAGUGCAUGGUUAUGUGUCCCUUUACCGUGAUAACAUUACUGAGAAUAAAAAUGUGUUAAUAGAUUUUCUUUUGAACGAAAAUAUACUGCAAAAUAAAGAAAUUGAGGAAUAUCAAAAACAAAAUGAAAAUUUGAAGUUAGAGGUAGUUAAGUUAAACGAAGAGUUGACAAAGUUUGCAGACAUUAAAAAUGCUCUAGAAGACACUUUAUAUGGGAAAUUUGUAACACUCUUAAAUACUAAAAAAAGAAGAAUACAGCUUUUAGAAGAUCAUUUAAAAAACUAUGAAGAAACUAAAUAA